AUGGCUCCUAUUCACAAAACCAACCCUUCUCUACAAGUGACGGCAGAUCAUCAGAUCAAGAUGGCUGAAGCACCGAUCGAGCAACCAGGACACGGAGAGGUAUUGCUGCAUAUCAAGUGCACGGGUAUCUGCGGAUCAGAUAUCCACUUUUGGAAGACUGGACGUAUUGGCCCUUUAGUUGUGGAAAGUGAUUGUAUCCUUGGACAUGAGGCUUCCGGUGUUGUGCUCAAACUCGGAGAGGGAGUUGAGGGUCUUGCUGUUGGCGAUAGGGUAGCAGUUGAACCUGGCAUGCCCUGCGAGAACUGCUGGCUCUGCAGAGAAGGUCGUUACAAUCUUUGCGAAGAUGUCAAGUUUUCUGGUGUGUGGCCUUACCACGGCACCCUCCAACGCUUCAAGGUGCACGCUGCAAAAUGGUUGCACAAGAUCCCAGAAGACGUUAGCUUUGCGGAAGGCGCACUUCUCGAGCCUCUUUCUGUUGUACUUCAUGGCAUUCGUCGUGCAGGACUGACUCUAGGUCGUGGUGCUGUGAUUUGUGGCGCUGGUCCAAUUGGUCUGAUCGCUCUUCUUUCUUCUCGUGCGUCUGGCGCACAUCCCUUGGUCAUCACAGAUUUAGAACCCAAGCGUCUCGCCUUUGCCAAAAAGCUGGUUCCUGAGUGCGAGACUUACCAAGUCCAGAAAGACUUAAGCCCGGAAGACAAUGCAAAGAGCAUUAGAAAGCUAUUUGGAGAGUCAGAGUACGGAUGUCCGGAAACCGUGCUCGAGUGUACAGGUGUAGAGAGCAGCAUCGUAACUGCAGCAUUUGCAGUGCGCAGAGGAGGUACUGUGAUGGUGAUUGGAGUUGGUAGACCUGUGGUCAACAAUAUCCCUUUCAUGCAUAUGAGUCUUGGCGAGAUCAAUCUCAAGUUCAUCAACAGAUAUACCGAUACCUGGCCUGCAGGUAUUGCGGCUGUAAAGGGCAAAUUGAUGGACCUGAAGCCAUUGGUGUCACAUGUGUUUGCGCUUGACGAGGCAGUUGACGCCAUGCACAUCUGUGCCGAUCUGAGUCAAGGCAGUAUCAAGGUGCAGAUUGUCGAUGAUGUUGAGAUCAAGCCUGAAGAUGUCGAGUGA